GUGGUUAUAACUUGGUCAAACAUGACUAGCACCCCUCGGCCAGCCACCCAUUCCCUCGAGCGAAGCGAGGACAGCUCGCCGCAGGCGCCGCCAGAGGCAAAAAACAAGAAAAAAAGAGGCUCCGUUCAGCUGACCCCUUCCUGACCCGUCAGGUAACCUAUUUUAUCAAUUACUGCCUGCUAUGAUGCUAUCUUGGCUCUUCGUAAUCUUGUCGCUAAAUACCCAUUGGUUUGAAUUCGGCUCACUUUCGGACUGUCAUCUAUUCAGGAUAGGUGCCAAGCUGGCAGGGCAGUGCCAGAGAGGGGAUGCUUGCCAUUACUCGGUACCAGCUAGGCAUGCGGGUCAGGUGUGCGUGCAGGAAGCCCAAGAUAAUUAUGUACCUAACUAUUCCCGUCCUCGUUCUCUGACAGGCAGGCGCAGGGAAGUCAGGAGAGGGCAGAAGGUAGUGUGGGAUGUGGGCGGGACGACUUGUAUUGGAUAAUUGCAGGACUGCUGGCUCAGUGAGUCGACAGUAGCUGUUGUUGAUUCCGCACUAAUAGUCAGGUCCGCGGGCUAGGUGCUGUCCUUUCCCGUGCCUGUGCUCUGAGUAUGCGGCGCGGGGGCCAAGCUCCUGAGAUAAGUAGGAUUGCAUAUUAAGCAUUGCGAUCCUUCUGGUAUAGUGUGCGCUAUUCAUUAUUGGUUCUGGAAGUAGCCAGUAAUUCUCAAUUUUGGCCGGACUAAAGCUAGCUAGAUGUGCGUGGACGUCACGCUUCCCACUUCACGGGAGGCAGGCCCUUCCAUGGUGGGUGUAACAUGUGCCGCCUCCCGAGAACUAGCCAAGUGUAGGUAGUCGUGUUGUGGUGGACAGAAAUGAGAUUGGCGUCGCUAG